GAGUCCCGGGGAGCAAGUGUUCUCGGCCGUGCCGGCUCGCGGUGGGCAGGUGGACGGCAGUUCGGUCCCGCCGCCCCUCGGAGCCCGUUUCCAUCGCGACACCACGGCCCCCUCCCGCAGCCCCGAGCCCGGUGCGGCUGCCCGGGCGGCGCCUUCCGCCUCCCCGAAGCCGCUCGUCGGGGCCACGGGCCGGAGACGGGGACCCCUCCCGGGUCGCCUCGAGCCCCGCCCGGCCGUCGCCUCAGCCCCCCGAGCCCCCGGUCCAGCGCGGCUGCCUGGGACCCGGGACCGCCCGGAUCCAAGACGCUCGUCCCCGGGCCACCCCCGGCGGGGCUGUGCGUCGCCCUCGACAUGUCGCCCACCGUCUCCCACAAGGACAGCAGCCGGCAGCGGCGGCCGGGGACCCUGAACCACUGUCCGGAGGUGCGGAGCGGCCCCCUGCCGCCGGGCGGCUGGGACGACGGCCCGCUGGACGCCGCGGGCGGGGAAGGGGACCGCGAAGCGCUCCUGCGGGACGCGGAUCCCGGCGACCCGCCCAAGGGCCCCCGGAGCUACCGCGCGGAGCUGGGCAGCAUCCUGCUGCUGCUGCUGCUGUACGUGCUGCAGGGCAUCCCCCUGGGCCUGGCGGGCAGCGUCCCGCUCAUCCUGCAGAGCAAGAACGUCAGCUACACGGACCAAGCCUUCUUCAGCUUCGUCUUCUGGCCCUUCAGCCUCAAGUUGCUCUGGGCGCCCCUGGUCGACGCGGUCUACUUCAAGAGCUUCGGCCGUCGCAAGUCGUGGCUGGUCCCCACCCAGUACGUGCUGGGGCUCUUCAUGAUCUACCUGUCCACGCAGGUGGACCAUUUGCUGGGGAAUACCGACGGCCGGACCCCCGACGUGGUGGCGCUCACGGUGACCUUCUUUCUGUUUGAAUUCCUGGCCGCCACGCAGGACAUCGCCGUGGACGGUUGGGCGUUGACCAUGCUCUCCCGGGAAAACGUGGGGUACGCUUCCACUUGCAAUUCGGUGGGCCAAACCGCCGGCUACUUUCUGGGCAAUGUCUUGUUUCUGGCCCUGGAAUCUGCUGACUUCUGUAACAAAUACUUGCGGUUUCAGCCUCAGCCCCGUGGAAUCGUUACCCUCUCAGAUUUUCUUUUUUUCUGGGGAACUGUAUUUUUAAUCACAACGACAUUAGUUGCCCUUCUGAAAAAAGAAAACCGAGAACUACCGAUAGCGAAAGAAGAGACACAAGGCAUCACAGACACCUAUAAGCUGCUUUUUGCAAUCAUAAAGAUGCCAGCAGUCCUGGCAUUUUGCCUUCUGAUUCUAACCUCGAAGAUUGGCUUUUCAGCGGCAGAUGCCGUCACGGGGCUGAAGCUGGUGGAGGAAGGGGUGCCCAAGGAGCACCUGGCCCUGCUGGCCGUGCCCAUGGUGCCCCUGCAGAUCGUGCUGCCUCUCGUCAUCAGCAGGUACACCGCCGGCCCCCAGCCCCUGAACGUGUUCUACAAAGCCAUGCCCUACAGGUUACUGCUGGGGCUGGAGUACGCCCUGCUGGUCUGGUGGACCCCCAGGGUGGAGCACCAGGGAGGGUUCCCCCUCUACUACUACGCGGUGCUGCUGCUGAGCUAUGCCCUACACCAGGUGACAUUGUACAGCAUGUAUGUCUCCAUAAUGGCUUUCAAUGCCAAGGUUAGCGAUCCACUCAUCGGAGGAACCUACAUGACCCUUCUGAAUACCGUGUCCAAUCUGGGAGGAAACUGGCCUUCCACGGUGGCUCUGUGGCUGGUGGAUCCCCUCACAGUGAAAGAGUGUGUGGGAGCGUCUGACCAGAAUUGCCGAACCCCCGAUGCUGUCAAGCUUUGCAGAAAACUCGGUGGCUCGUGUGUUACAGCCCUGGAUGGCUAUUACGUGGAGUCCAUUAUUUGUGUUUUUAUUGGAUUUGGUUGGUGGUUCUUUCUUGGUCCAAAAUUUAAAAAGUUACAGGACGAAGAGCCAUCUUCAUGGAAGUGCAAAAGGAACAAUUAACGCACCAUAACAGGCAGACAUGCUAGAAGGUAACUGGGCUUAGUUUUGUUUGGAGAGUUGUGAUAAUCAGUGCGCAACACUAUAAAAUACUACUUAAAACAAGGAAAUUAUAUAAAAUGCCAAAUAGUUGAAAAAUAGGGACUAAUUUAUGUGUUUUAUCAUACUUUUUCCUUGCCUUGUUAAUGUAUUUAAAGUUUCCUUAAGGCCAGGAAAUUGGCUCUGUAAGACUUUCCUGGGCAUGUUAUUUGAUUUCUUGUACUGACUAAGCAUACUCUCGGCUACAGCCCAGCGCUGAUGUGCAGCUAAGUAUUGGUAUUGGUUCCUGUUGUUGAGCUGUAUUUUACAUUUGGGUACAGUGUGCUAAAUGCAAAGCAGCUCGCUCAAUACUUGGGACUGACUAUAACUGGUUGAACUUCACUGGAAGUUAACAUCCUAUUUGAAUUGUUAGCCAGUUAGAGUUGAUGUGGAAUUUCCUAGGAAGAGAAUGUAGACCCCAGAAGCAUAACUUAGCUGUUGUUUUUGUGACCAUGACCACAUUGUACAAAGGUGUUUAAAAAAAGAAAAAAGGAAAAAAAGACUAUUUUAAGUGUACUUUCUGCUUUUGUAAUCAUUAAAAAUUUAUAAGACUAUUCAAACUAUUUUUUAUAAAAUUAAAACUAUGAUUUUUUUAAAUUUAUUUAUUUCCUCAGCCCUUCCACCUUCUUGUAACUACUCUGAUUCCUUGUUAACUUUGACCCUGUGAAGGUGACAGGUUUUCUCACCGGUGCAGCACACAGCACACAGCUAGCUAAUGAGGGGAUCAAAUUUACUGUUCAUGGCAAAGUUUUGAAAAUAAAAUAUUCCUUAAAUACUUGUUUUAAUUACUGUGAAAAAACAGUUAGCUUUCUAACCGAGUGAAAUUUAGAUGAAUAAAAAAGGACUUUUGGAAAGUAAUGUUUUAAACAGUGAGACAGACGUCCCUGUGCCUUUGACAAAUGAAGUCAUGUGGCAGGAAAGUUUUUUAAUGAAGCACUUUACUGAUGAAAAGAUGCUGUAAUUGCUUUGUGCCAGAUCAACUGUGACAUGCCCUUUUGUUGAAGCUCAGCCUUGUGUCUUCUACAUAAACUCGUUUCCAAUGGAAUAUUGCCAUUCCAAGAGCAUUAAGCUUUGAAUCCAUUAACAAAUCCCCACGUGUUCUGUACGUUACUCUGACUCUUUAAAAACUGCAUAAGUCCUUCCAAGUUGGGAACAAAGAGACAAAAGUUAUGAGUCUUAAUGUUUAUCUUCAAGCCAGGCACUGGUGGCUCAGGCCUAAAUCCUUGAUACUCAGGAGGCUGAGAUUUGAGGAUCAUGGUUUGAAGCGAGCCCGGGCAAGAGAGCCUGCGAGACUCUAAUCUCCAGUUAACUACCAGAAAACCAGAAGUGGCGCUGUGGCUCAAGUGGUAGAGUGCUUAGCCCUGAGCAAAAAAAGUUCAGGGACAGAGCCCAGGCCCUGAGUCCUAGCCCCACAACUGACAAUAAUAGUAAUAAUAAUAAUAAUAAUAAUAAUAAUUUUAUCUUCAUAUGAAAAACCUUAUGCGUGUGAAUUUUAUAAUAUAGGUUGGAUUUAGAGCGGGGUUUUUGUAAGUGAUGGAGGAUAACUGGGUGGGAGAAAAUGGCCAAAAGCACCACAGCACGUGAAGAAGACUGGGCGUGGCCGCUGCACUAAGUUUUGCCGGGGGAAAGCCGACGUUGGGUGUCCAGGUCAAUCCAAAGGAAGCCAGGCAGCGGCACUGGACCAGACCACAGUACUGUCACACGGUGAUCCACGAUCAUGUAUUGUAAUCCAAAUGCUUACUUGAAUAAAGAAAA